CCCACAGUGAGCACGCGUUGCUGUUAGAGGACUACAUUUCCCACACUCCUACUCCGCAUCUUGACGCACUCACAGUGACGUCCGAGACGAGUAGCGUGCGGGUAACGCGGGAAUCUGGGAGUGUAAACUUCCGUGAUAGGAAGCGGCCGCCGGUAAUAACGAGUGUGUGGGGUAACGCAGCUUCCAUACGGUCCAUCCCAUGGAUUCUGAGGUGACCUCCAGUGAGAAUGACAUUCGACCAGAAGACCAUCAGCAAAGUGAGGACAUCCAGUUUGUCGGUAGAACCAUAAAAGAUCACGUGGAUCGUCAUAAGGACAGAGUGGCUUCAACACUUGAUCGUCUUGCACGCCAAGUUGAAGAAGAAAAACAGCACAAAGCUGAAAAAACCAAAGCAUUUCAGGAGAAGUUAAACUUUCAGCAUGCUCAUGGUUUGCAAGAGUUGGAAUUUAUCAAGGAUCACCCUGAAACACAUGAGGCAAGAAUGUGUGUUAAUUCUUGGCUGAGAAUGCCAGGCCUCAGACCCGGUAGUGUUUCUGCCAGCCGUCGAAACUUCUCUAGAUCACAUGAAACAAGUUCCCUGAGGAGUGAGCCAAUCACUUGUCCCGUUAUGCACUGCAACAGAAAGUUUGACAACGGACAACUGCUGUUAGGUCAUCUCAAAAGAUUUGAUCACUCCCCAUGUGACCCAACUAUUGCUCUUCAUGGUGUGUGUGAGAACUCAUAUGCCUGUGUUCUCUGUCUUAAGCGAUUUAUAAACGUAAGAGAGUAUAAUGAUCAUCUCUCAGAAAAGGCAAAGUUGACUGAUGGACAUGAAAGCCGCAUACCAUCACUGCUUAUCCAAAGUUUUGCCUGUCCGUGCUGCUUUCUACUCUUUUACCAAAGAGAUGAAUGUCUGAAACACAUGUCUGUGAGCAAUCACUUCAAGAGAACUAUUGUUUUUAAAGAGGCAAAAGGUGUCCCAUGUCCUAUUCCGAUGCCGACAUUUGCGAAAAAUGUUUUGAUUGGCCUUUGUAAAGAUAUUCCUUUCCGGAUUGUUUGUUCAUCUUGUCGUCUUGAGUUACGUUCUUGUACAGAACUUAAUGCACAUUUCAGAACCAGGUGUCGAAAGGCUGGUCCAGUUUCUGUCUCUGAAAAAAGCAUAGGAGAAGUAGCCACCAUGUUCAGACUGAAGGCCUAUUGUCCGUAUUGCAAACAAGCUUUAAGCACCGAUGCACAUAUUGCAAGGCAUAUAGAUAGAACCAACCAUAAAGUGAAGCAAAUUACCUCUAUAGAGGAAUCUAUUCUGGCCUUUAGUUAUAUCAAUGAGGGAACGAAAACACCUUCUGAUAUCCGCUUGUCUGCAGCAAAUGCUAGGCUUAAACCUUGCACACUUAAAAGGACUUUACACGACACUGAUAAUUCAAGUAACAUUUUUCAGAAGUCCCAAAAAGAAAACAACUUGUCAAAUAACAGCUGCCAUGUGAAGACUGAGUCGGAUGUCCUUGUGAAAGCUUGGUUCUGCGAAUGCAUGCAACGGUUCCCAUCUGAGGAAGACACUGAAAAGCAUAUCAUGACAGCCAACAGAAUAAGUCACAAAUGCCUGGUGUGUGGCAAGCUUGCUGAGGAUUUGGGCAUUAUGCACCUACAUAUGAGCAGAUUCCAUGGUGGGGCACAUCUGAGUAAUUUUUGCUUCUGGUGCCAAAUUUGUCAUGUACUGCUGGACAGAAUUGAAAAGGUCAUGGCGCAUGUUUCCGACUGCCAUGGAGGCCAUUCAUUUUAUUAUGAAGAUGAUGUCUUGGAGCAGCCAUCCACAUCUGCUGAGGUAAAGAUGCUACAUAUACCAUUGGAAUCCGAAAUCCCAGCACAACCACAGCAGUCUGCUAAAGGCAUGUGGCAGUGUCAGAUAUGUGAAGAAAUGUUUGAUUCUGAAGAGACUGUUCAACAACACUGCAAGUCUCUAACCAUACAUCAGUUCCACAAGUACGUCUGUGACACCUGUAAAAAGAAAUUUCUGAAGCUCGAAACUUUACUUAGACACUGUCAAGGGCAACAUGAUGGAGACAUAAAGAUGAAGUAUUUUUGUGGCCUUUGUGAAGAUCUCUACUUGGAUGAAGAAAGUGAGUUUCUUGCCCACUAUGAAAGCUUCCAUGGCUUAGAUUAUGGGUUUGUUCCAAAUCAGGCCCAGUCACCUUCAAAAACUCCUGAAGUGCCAUCUACAAGCACCACUGAAAUAGAGAACCGCCUGACAUGUGGCUGUCUAGCAAAUCCUACUGACAAAGCCAAGAGAAAGGAUGACAGUAGGCUAUGCUUGGCGAAACUCUUUAAGGAAGGGAAACUCUGGUAUAGCUGCUGUUCAUGCUCUGUGACUAACCAAACAUUUGAUGGCAUAAGUAGCCAUUUUUGCAAGAACAAAGCAGAAACCAGCAGUGCCAAUUUUGUUGUCAAAUGCAGCAUUUGCUCCAAGUCUUUCACUGAUGCCAGUGGGGCACAGGACCAUUAUCACACAAAGCACUGUUUUCUUGAGAAAGCCUGCAUUAGUAGUAAACCUUGUUCAUCCAAGAAUGAGGUGUUUAAGUUCCAAGCCAGUGGCACAUGUGUUUCACAGAAGCCAGCGAUGGAGAGUAACAAUGCAAAAAAGAUACGUUAUGAAGCUCUUGGAAGAGAUUUCUCUCAACAUAUUCCUGGUUCCCCCUUAAAGAAAAAUGAAAAUGGCAUAGAGCCUAUGGAUACUAGCUGCACUUAUACAGCCCCCGAUAACAUUUCUUCAAGAACGUCUUCUAUGAUGCCAGAACCUGUUUCAACUUUCACUACUAGCAAAACUGAGAAUAUUGAAGUGGACAUACAAUCUAUGGCUACAGGUGUUGAGGAAGAUGAAUUGCCUGAUCUGGAAUUUCUUCAGACAAUGACCCACAUAGUGUUUGUAGAUUUGGACAACUGGGCCCAGUUUUUUACUCAUCUGCCAGGACAAUUGAACCAGGGAACGUUUGUCUGGGGAUUUCAAGGUGGAAGAAAUACUUGGAAGCCCCCUGUGAACUGCCCAAUCUUCAAGUAUCUCUCAAAUACUGGUUGUUUUUUCCUUCAUCCUCGCUGCAGUGAUAGGAAAGAUGCAGCUGACUUUGCUAUUUGCAUGCAUGCGGGUCGCCUUGAUGAGAAACUACCCAAACAAAUCCCUUUCACCAUUCUUUCGGGUGAUAAGGGUUUCUUGGAGUUAGAGAACCAGUUCAAAAGAACCCAGCGACCCGCUCAUAUCCUUAACCCACACCAUUUAGGAGGAGAUGUGAUGUGUGCCUUACUGAACAGCAUAGCAGAGACAACACAAGACGCAGAUGACAUGGUGAGAAGCACAGCUGAGUCGGAUGAAGAAGCCAAUAUUGAAGAAGCGAUUAGAAGAAGCUUGGUGGAAAUGUAAAGAAGGGAAAGCUAACCGUUAUGAACAUGGCUCUUUAUCAUGAAUGUAGUAAUCUGCUUUAUUGGUUAAUAGUUUUUAUAAAUCAACAGCUAGAUGAUUACCUAUACUUUAAUUUUGGGCUUUCUGUGCCCAGGAGAGUACAUAUGUCUUUUUCAUGUCUAUUUCUAUAUUGUUUAUUAUAAUGUCUUUUAGACUUAUCUUACAUGUUUGUUUUAUCUAAUUUCAUGUAGCUUCUCAAUUUUGUAUUGUAUAAUACUUCUGCUUUAUUUGUGUGUAAUGUCCAAAUAAAUAUAUAC